AUGGGUGGAUCUCGUCCACCCGCGGCGGAUCUGGCCGGAGUGGACUCCGGCGAGCGGCGGGGCGGCUCCGGCGAGCUCCAGGCGGCGUGGAGGCGCGGAUCCGGAAGCCGGCGACGCGGGCACGACGUCCCCGGCGAGGAGGAGGCCGGCCGCGGCAGGGAAGGUCAGGCGAGGCCCGGCGGAGGCGGAGAGGAGACGGGAGGCGGCGCUCCGGCGAACGGCAGCUUCGGGCACUGGCGGCGACGCGCGGGUGGAGGUCACGGGGCGCGGACGGGCGGCGGCGGGCGAGAUGAGCUCGGGCGGCGGCGGAGGGUGUCCGGCGGCGCAGGAGGCCGGCGAGCGGGCGACGAAGUCGCCGGCCGGCGCGGGACGGAGGCGUCGGCGGGAACCCGGGCGGCGGCGCGCAGGCUUCGGCGGCGGCGGCGCGCGGGCUCACGCGGGCUAGAUCUGGGCCCCGCGGGCCGCGCGGUGGUGGGUGGCGGCGGCGACAGGUGGCGGCUCCCGAUUGGCUACGGACGGCGGUGGGAUUUCGUCCGGCGCGAGUUGGACGUGUCCGGCGGCGGAGAGGAGGGAGGGGGCUAG